CUAAAUAGAACGUAUUGUAACCGUCCCUCAGUCCAACGUGGUUCCUCCGGCCGCGCUGCCGGUCCCGUCCCCGCCGCGCCGGGCGGGGUCUCUCUCUCCCCAGCGAAGUUUUCAGGACGAUAAGAGCUGCAGGAGUGUAAGGGGAAUACUUGCUAAACUCUGCCUCCUCUAUUAUUUAUAUCCGAGCAUGAUUUAUGAGGAAUCAAAGAUGAACUUGGAGCAGGAGAGGCCUUUUGUCUGCAGUGCCCCAGGCUGCUCACAGCGUUUUCCAACAGAGGAUCAUCUGAUGAUUCACAGGCACAAACAUGAAAUGACUUUGAAGUUUCCUUCAAUAAAAACAGAUAAUAUGUUAUCAGAUCAAACUCCUACACCAACACGCUUUCUGAAGAACUGUGAGGAAGUCGGCCUCUUCAACGACAUCGACUGCUCCCUAGAGCACGAGUUUAGGAAGGCACAAGAAGAAGAGAACAACAAGAGGAAUAUCUCCAUGCAUAACACGGUUGGAGGAGCAAUGGCGGGACCUGGAUCCCACCAACUGACAAACACAAGGAUGCCAAACCAUGACACCAGCGUUGUGAUUCAACAAGCCAUGCCAUCUCCACAGUCCAGUUCUGUCAUUACACAAGCACCUUCCACAAAUCGGCAGAUUGGGCCUGUCCCAGGUUCUCUGUCUUCACUACUGCACCUACACAACCGACAAAGACAGCCUAUGCCUGCCUCUAUGCCUGGCACCCUGCCCAACCCUACCAUGCCAGGAUCUUCUGCUGUACUCAUGCCUAUGGAGCGACAAAUGUCAAUGAACUCCAACAUCAUGGGGAUGCAGGGGCCGAACCUCAAUAAUCCAUGUGCUUCACCUCAAGUUCCCCCAAUGCAUUCAGAAGCCAAAAUGAGAUUGAAGGCAGCACUGACUCAUCAUCCUGCCGCCAUGUCGAAUGGGAAUAUGAACACCAUGGGCCACAUGAUGGAAAUGAUGAGCUCGCGACAGGACCAGACGCCACACCAUCAUAUGCACUCACAUCCUCAUCAGCACCAGACACUGCCACCUCAUCAUUCAUACCCGCAUCAGCACCAGCAUCCGGCACACCAUCCUCAUCCUCAGCCUCAUCACCAGCAGAACCAUCCCCACCACCACUCCCACUCGCACCUUCACGCACACCCGGCACACCACCAGACCUCACCGCACCCCCCGCUGCACUCGGGCGGACAAGCACAGGUUUCGCCGGCAGCACAGCAGAUGCAGCCCACACAGACGAUACAGCCACCGCAGCCGACUGGAGGUCGCCGGAGGAGGGUGGUGGACGAAGACCCAGAUGAGAGGAGGCGGAAAUUUCUGGAAAGGAACCGAGCCGCUGCCACGCGCUGCAGACAGAAGAGGAAGGUCUGGGUGAUGUCACUGGAAAAGAAAGCAGAAGAGCUCACCCAGACAAACAUGCAGCUUCAGAACGAGGUUUCCAUGCUGAAAAAUGAGGUAGCACAGCUGAAACAGUUAUUGUUAACACAUAAAGACUGUCCGAUAACAGCUAUGCAGAAAGAAUCACAAGGAUAUCUAAGUCCCGAGAGCAGUCCUCCUGCAAGCCCAGUCCCAGCUUGCUCCCAGCAGCAAGUCAUCCAGCACAACACCAUAACGACCUCCUCCUCCGUCAGCGACGUCGUGGGAAGCUCCACUCUCACCCAGCUCGCCAGCCACAGAACAGACAUCAACCCCAUCCUUUAAAAGUGGUUGAUCAGAAACUGCUGGGGGAGUGUGGUAGCGUAUCAAAGCGUCCUCUCUACUAAGGAUAUUUGCAACCGUAACUCAAGCCUGGAAGAUUCCUCAGUUCUUGAAAGACUCUGGCUAUUCAUUUUUAUAGUUAUUAAAAUGUCUUUUAUACUUAGUUACAUAAAAGGGAGUUACGCAAUUAAUAUGCUAUCAGCUUGAGAAAUGCUUUGGUGCUUUCUCCAUUUUUUUGGUACCAGUUACUUGUUUAUAAACCUAACUGUUUCUGUACAUAGUCACGUUUCCUUCUCACCAAUCUAGCCUGCAGCCUCAGAAAUACAAAGUUGUGUUAAACUGCAGCUUGUUAGCCAAUGUGAGGCAUGAAAAGUAUUAAACAGAGUCAAACAUAGGUAACUAGGAGUAAUUAGGCUAUAAAUAUAGAGCGAGGGCAUCUGCUGACAGCAUAAUAAAAAAGAGUUAGCGUUGUGCUAUCAGCAGACUGCGUCUUGCAUUCAGAGCCUCUUUCAGAGCAGUUAUAUAGGAUGUGGCUUCAGGACAAAAUCAAGCCCAAAUAGCGUGCUCUUUUGUCUAGCCCUCCCCCUUCUCCUCUCUCCCCUACCCUGGCCUUUUUCUCCUACAGUUAUUCUCACACCUUCCUUUUCCCUUCACUUUUCAUUUCCCAGAUUUUUUUUUCUUGGUUUUUUUUUUUUCAUUCCAAGGCUUUCUCGCUUCCCUCUUUUUCUCAAAGAAUGGUAAUGAACAAGCAAAGACUUCAAGCCCACCUAAAAACUGUUGGCAUGGCUGCUGCUUUCACUAGCUCUUCACCCGCAGUUGGGCUGCGCCAAGCAUUUGGCUUUUAAAAAAUACAAAUGCUCCUGAUUUAGUGUUUUUAAUAAAUAGGGAAAGGCGAAAACAGCGCAGCCACAGGUGAAGCAGGAUGGUGAGCCAGCUGUGUUGAUGCUAUGCAGCCCUGUAAGCUUCUGUGGUGCAGUAGAGGCAUAGCAAGCAACACCUGAGAGUCACAGAAAGUUUUGCACUGCCAGUCAUUAAUGUAGGAAAAUCCAUGUAGCAUAUAAUAAUUCGGAAAAGUUCUUUUCCCUAACCUGGUUGCGUUGUUCUAGCAAUGAAAGCUAACAGCCUCAGGCUUCAUGGGCUAUAAAUGAGAAAUAAAUCAGUGUAAUGGUUCUGACCAGUUGGAAAAAUGCCAUUUUUAAUUCCCAGGGAAAGACCUGCUCUCUGCAGGCAUUCCUUUAAACGUUCACGGACUGAUCCCAAGCUGGCAGACAGCAGCGUAGCUUCACAGACUUCAAUGGCACUUAACACUCGUUUACCACGGGUAAGGAAUUGUUCUUUAGGAUGCUAAAUAAUUUUUAGAAGGCAUGCAGCGGCUAGAAAAUGCUGCAAGAAUGCCAAGUCCCACACUUGGGAUAAAAUACAGUCCUGCAAAGAGGGUCUGGAAAAGAGCCUUAUGCCACAAUUAAGGUUUUUGUUUGGACUCUGAGCCUGCCCCUCAGCACAACUGAUUUGCAUCCCUGAGUGGUCCCAGUGAUUGAUGGGAAAAUCAGACAGAGAUGAUGCCAGUUAAUUAUGCUUCCUUGCUGUAUAUGGGGACCUGAUUUUGCUCUCAAAUCUGUCAGCGGCAAAACCUCCCGCUGCUCGCCCAGGGAGCAGGCUCCGAGCUGGUGAAAAACGUUCAAACAUUCUGAGCUGCAUCUUUAAUAGCAAAAUUCACAUUAUUCCCAGAAAAUGCUCUAGCCCCGAACACACUUUGUUCUGCAGCAAAGCUCUCUUCCUCAAAGACUGUGUCUUUGGUCUUUAGAGGAGUUGUGGGUUAUAAAAGGAUGGGUCUUCUCCAUGUAGGAGGAAGAGUGAAAAAACUGAAGAGUGAGGGGGCACUGAAAGGCGCAGGGCCUGUCUGGAAGGGAAAGCAAAUUUCUGAGCAUCAUUCAUUGCCGAAUUAGUUCUUAUCUCAGUGACUAACUUUUUAUCAGUAUUCUUUUCUCUAACAGCUUGCUUUCCAUUUAUGCAAAUACAUUCAAAAGAAGAUUUUUAAUGUACAGUGUAAAUCUUGACUUGAUUAUAUAGUCUAAGAACCAAAAAAAAAUUACGAAAAAAUACAAAUGUAAAGGAUUUUCUAUUAUAUUUUAGACAAACAUAUACUUUUAAAGUGUUUUAAAUACUGAAUCUAUAAUUUUUUUUAAUCUCCAGUUGUAAUAGCUAAAUGGUUUUGCUUCAUCACAGCUCCCAAGGGAAUUUUUUUCAAAUACGCUGUCGAGAAAAAUGUUCCAGCUGAGUAUCCACUAUGUAAAAAACCCAAAUAAGCAUUUCCCCUACGUCUGAAUUUCAUAGUUCACCAUCAAAAAGGAAAUGCAAUUGCAGGGUUAAUUUUAAAAACUUUCCCUCUAUAUGGGUAGCACUUAAAUACAUUAAAAAAUAAAAAUCAAAGUUGUUGGUAAUAUUAGAAUACCCAGUUGAGCUACACUGCACUAGAAUUACGGUUUAGCUUCAUUUUAUUCAGUCUCCUCAAUUAAAAUAUUUAGCUGUUAAAAUGAAAGCCUCUACAUUAAAAAGAAAAAAAAAAAGGAAAAAAUACAAAAACCUUGCCUAAGUUUUGUUAAAUUCAGCAACUUGACAGUUUGACUGAUGUGUAUUAUAUAUAGCUCAAUUAUUUCUUUUUUUAAUGCUAACUAGGCAAGCCAACCACACAUGUUGGCCUAAAUGUGUAAUUACAAUGAAAUGUCUCCUCUCUAUACUAUUGGCCUUUAGGUAUAAUCCUUGCUAGUGAUGUGGAAAUAAGUAAAGGAUGAAAAGCUAUUUGCUAUUGCUUCUUGUAACUCUGUCGCAGGUUCACAGGCCAAGACAACAUGCAGCAUAUUUAUAUCGGCUGUAUCAUCGGGAAAAGGACCAACCGUACCAGGCACCUUAUAUGAUUCAUCAGAUUUGCUUCCACAUUAAAAUGCUCUUGUUUUCCAGGGGAGUGAUCCUGCAGCCUUUCCUCAAGCUGCCGGUCCAACCGGGCACUGGAGGCUGCCUGAGCAAGGGCUACGGGAGAAGCCCCAGCCCUCUGUCUCCAGGAUGUCCCUCUGCCCUGUGGUCAGUGGCAGCAGCCUCUUCCUAAGCACGUCACUCUAAAUGCACUUCCCAGGCUCUUUCCAUCAAGGAGGAAUCUUGCUACGAGCUACUUCUGGAGACUGCUCCACUUUUCUCUUGCCCUGCCAAUCCAGCCUGUUGCCAGGCUCACCAGGCUCUGUGCCCUAUCCCACUGCCAGCGAAGGACAACUCAGACCAGUUCCGUCAUCCAGUCUCCAGGGCGCUCGCAGGGUGGUGAGCCUUGGCCAGUGCCUUGCUCAGGAGGAGGUGUUACCAUAGGUAGCAUCUCUUGUGCGUGACGUUGGAAGCAGGUUGGAAAUCUCAGCCACGGACAACUGCAAUACUUGGAUCAGAAAGAAACGAUGCUGCGAUCCAGCUCCGACGCCCCCAGCCCCCCUUCCCCAAGUCAAUUUAUGCAAGCCAUAUUCAUAACGCUGCCUGUGGGAGACAAGUAGUUUGUGUGCUAUCAUGGUGUGUUUUAUAAGGACAACGACGAUGAUGAUGAUGAUUUAUGGAGAAUUUCACGCUGUUGGGAGUUAACUCCUGCUACGAAGCUAAAAGUCUGCUGCCCAUAUUCUGAAUAGUGGAAAGUCAAUGGUUCAGUGCCUCAGUGCGUGUGGAUUUAGUGUUAAUGACUCAGUCCUGUUAACUAACAAGCCAGCUAUAACUGUUGUUAAAUGCCCAACUUUUGAGGAUUCAUAUUUUUUUAAGCAACAAUAUUUAGUGUUGAAAACUAGCCUUUUAGUUUAGGCAAAAUGUGCUUUUUAGCAGCUAAUACCUUUUUUAAAAAAAAGCAUAUAGAGUGAAUUUAUGAAAAUUCAUGAGGACCAAAGCAAUUUUAAAACAGGAAUCUAUUAAUUUAGUAUUCACAUAGAAUUUUAUAAAGUAUUUAUUAAUAAAUGUUAUUUUAACACAUUCCAUUUGAACAGUAUUCUUGUACAGAAUCUGUUUGGUUUUUUUUUUAAGUUACAAUAUUAGUUUUGCAAUAAACUACUCUAGGUGUGUGUGCAUCUUAAUCUUUCAGGGUCUCAAGCAGAAGUCAUCCAUCUAAGAUGGAAAAGCUUGCUGAGGUCAGUUGUACAGAAAUUCCUAGAAUUUAAUGUUUUCCUUAAAGCAGCAUCUGCUUUUUUUUCUUUUUUUUUUUUUUUUUUUUUUUUGUAACAAUGAAACAAAUUAUAAACCUUCAGUUGUUUGCUAUGUAUUGGAAAAUGUGCUUUCUUGUUUUAGAAAGCAUGAGUCAACGUAUAACUGGAAAGCCUGUCUUUCUUUUUUUUUUUCUGCUUUUUUUUCUUUAAGGCUGAUUUUAUACAUCACCACAGAAGAUCUAACCCCAUCCUCAUUUCUUGUCUAAUAUCACAUAGUGAGUUGCACUAUACUGCCUUAUCAUUGCCUCUUCAGUCCUCUUACUAAGCAAUGUUCCUUAGAUUUAGACCAUUGAAGCUCCAUUAUACAUCAGAGAAAAUUACUGGAGGGGGAAGAAGAAAAAAUUGAUCUGUAGACAUAAAACCUAAACUGUGCCUAUUAAACAAAACCAGUUACAACUAAUUAGUAUCUUAUUUCUACAUUUCAAUUAUUUAUAUUCUUUUAAAAUUGCACUUUAGCUCUUGCUCUCUUUCUUGCUCUCCCUUGUUGAAUCAUUUAUAAAUACUCUUGUAAAAGUUUUGCACCAGAUACAUUUAUAUGCUUUCACUGGUGGCAUAUCUACAACUUGUCUCUCACACCUGUCCGAGCGGAGAAGCUGAGACCAGCCAGUCUGCAGUGUGACUUAGACUUUACACCCUCUUCAUGACAGCAUAUAAAUGUUUUAUUAUGCAAUGUGUAUGAUGUGAGGCGGCAUCUAAGCUACAUUUAUAAUCUCUCAUCCCAAGAACCAAAGUGUCCUGUAUAUCGUAAGGUCAGGAGACUGGCUCUGUUGUGCAUUGUGAUGCACUUUGACUGUUGUCCAACUCACAGUAGCUGCAAAGCUGCAGUGAUAACAGUGGCCAUACUAUGUAUUAGAGUUCUGAAUCAAUAAAAUAUGUUGCCUUAUAACUUGACUAGGGACAGCACCUUUAAAAAAAAAAAGAAGAGACAAAAAACUUCUAAAGGCAAACAAAAGCAAUAAAAUCUCAAGCAAUCUGAACACCAAAAAACAAAAAAGGUUCAAUUUUUCAACAUCUGAAAUGAUCAUCUUACUGCAAAGACAAAAGAGACUGUUUACAUCCAUAACCCUUUUUUGUUUUUUUUUUCCCAGAGCUUACAGCUAUCUCAGUUUUAUCAGUGGCUUUACACUUAAGAGCUAAAUUGCUCACCAUUAUUGGUUUUCCAUAGCUUUCAAAACAAGUCCUAAACUGCACAAGACCAAAAAUGUCAGUGUUCACACACACUCAGAGACAAGAUUGAUUCUCCAAGUGGAAAUCUGAUCCUUUCCCAGGCUCUCCUUGGACUGGAAUCAAUAACUGCAACUCGUUAUAUUUAGAUGAAUGUGUAAUACCUGGGAAUCAGGAUCUCCAGUUCUACAUUUAUGCAAGUUAAAUGUUAGUAUUGCUGUUUGACCUGGUGGAACUGUUCACAAAGCCCAUGGUCAGAGCCUGCCAUCUGAUGCCAUGAGGGUCUUAGACCCAAGUAUCUUUCUUGACUAAAAAUCUGUGUGACAGCCUUCUGAAUGAAGACUGAAAGCUCCUUCCGGCUUUGCAGAAACUGCAGCAGUGUCCUGGAGCAAGGGAGAUGGGAGGAUUGAUUAGGCAUUUCAAGGGAAAUGUCUUCCUUUCUGGAAUCUAGGAAAUGUCAGAGAAAUAUUUUCCCCACCCCACAGAGCUGAGAUUGCAAGGAGUUCCCUGACAGACAUCACCUUUAGCAUGCUUCCACAAGACAAACUACUUUGCACGAAAGGUAUAUUCGCUCUUCUGAGUAAGAACAAUUGCCACUGAGAGUUUUGCCAAGGACUUUAUCAUAGGGACCCAAGUGUUUCCCAGCCCAUGGCCGUGAGCUCUGUAUCCCUCUCUCUGUAGCAGCUCUCUUCAAACACUGGCAGCACUCAUCAGUGAACAUUGCUUCUUCGGACUAUUGCCAUUCUCCUGGUUUUAAGGAACUUUUAGCACUGCUUGGAGUAAGCCUAAACUAUCGAAGUUUAUAUAUAAAUAUAUAUAUAUAUAUAUAUAAUAUUAAAAAAAGGUGCUGUCACAGUAAGUUUUGGGCUUGAGGUUGUUUGUAUUGUAUGCAAAGGUUUUGUGUUUGUAUGUCUGUUUGUUUUAUUAUGUAAAGCAACCACCUUCCUUACUGGAGGGAGAUACUUUUUUUUUGGUACAUAAAUGUAAAUACUUGCUGCAGCAUUUAAUAUGUUUAAUUUUAUGUUAAGCUUUUUGUUGCAUUGUGAACCCAUUAUUGUUACAAAUGGACAAUGAGUUCAUUGAGACUGUUCAACUAGGUCAGAUUUUUACAUCUCUUUCUAGCUAGAAGAGAAAGGAAUUUUGUGCAUUUGUACAAAUGUUAAUAAUAUCACUGCAAUUCCAAUAUAAUAAAGCACUCAAAUACAAAUAAA